AUGUCCCAAUGCCCCCAUAUCCCCACAUCCCUGUGUCCCAAUGCCCCACAUUCCCGUGUCCCUCUGUCCCCACCUCCCCAUGUCCCCCUGUCCCCAUGUCCCCAUGCCCCCAUAUCCCUACAUCCCCAUGUCCCUGUGUCCCCACACCCCGUGUCCCCAAGUCCCCGUGUCCCCACAUCCCUCUGA